AUCGCAUUCCCCUGCUGAUCGUCAUGGGCCAAGACUUGUCAAAGCAAGCGAACCGUCUGUCCAUUGCGGCAGUGUCGCACAUCACACAAUUCGACCGCGACGACCUGUUGGAACUGCGGACGGCGUUUGAAGCGGCGGUCAAGCCCACGCCCGACAAUGUCAAGAAAGUACGACAAAGCCCCGCUCCAUCUUCGUCAUCCAAGGAGCGCGUGGAGCCCAAUCUGUCGCGCGAUGACUUUAACAUUGCCGUGGACCGCGCCAACUUCUACGCAUCCGACCGUGCGAUUCUCGAUCGAUUGUUCACGAUGAUGGACAAAACUGGUGAUGACGUGAUCAACGGCCGCGAAUUCCUCGUGGGGGUCGCCCCGCUUGUCAAAGGCAACUUGACGUCCAAACUCGCAUUGGCCUUUGAAAUGUGGGAUGAAGAUAGCACGGGCGAAGUGGACGCAAAAGGAUUUCGCUUCCUCGUCACGACCAUGACAACAGUCGCGUCAUACUUUGGCGACCCCCCCAUGACAAAGAAAGACGUGGCGGCGCUCACCGCCGAUGUGUUUGGGGCUGCCGACACCAUCGAGUAUACCAAGACCAUUCCCCGUAUCGCAGAACACGCGAUUGUCGACGCGUAUGUGUCGCAAGACGGCAACAACUAAGACAUUGAACCAUGCCGAUGGCCUCUUUCUCUCCCUGCUGCCCUUAUGAAAGUAAUUCAGAAUGCUGUUGAGGCUUGAAACAUCAAUGUUAUGCCGAGUUCUCGUCGCUGCCCCAUACGAUCGAGUUGUCUGAAAGUCGCCCUGCAAAGUUCUGCGCUUGGUGCACGCGUUGCUUUUGUUUGAGCAUGGCAAU